UUUUAGCGUCAAUGAGGCCGCAUCUUAAUACUUGAUUUGUUAAAAUCACAAGGUUCAAAAAGCAUCACGCGAUUUAAAGAUUCAAGACCAAAUUUUGAAAUGUGCUUUACCAAAACUCCAAAAACCUGUAUUGUUUCGGAAUAUGCUGCGAAAUUGCGAUGGUAUAUAUGAGUGGAAUUUGCUCAAAUGGAGUUUUUCAGAUCUCGUUGAAAAAUUCGGAGACAAACAAUUAUCGUUCCGAGUUGGUGACUAUAAUAAGUGUACGUGUGCUCUUCAACAUCAUUGUCAACGCAUAAACCCUCCUACAAAAUCUUGUAAAUUGACACUGCGAGAAUUUUCUAUAGCAACAGGUGAUAUGACAAAAGAAAGAUAUGAUAAAUGGCUUUACUGUGAUUACAAGCAUAUGAUGGAGUUUAAUGAUAAGCCAGAAAUUAUCGAGUCUCUCAAUUGGCUCAAGUUUGGAGUAGAUGAAGAAUUUGGGAAAAAUGGGUUGCACUCUACUAUUUGGAUCGGAAGCAAAGGUGCUCAUACUGAUUGUCAUUGGGACACCUAUGGUUACAAUUUAGUGGCACAAAUACAUGGCAGGAAACUAUGGUUGCUUUAUCCACCAAGUGCUUCUUUGAUACCAAUUAGAAUUCCUUAUGAGGAAUCAACUGUGUACAGUAAAUUUAAUAUUUAUUGCAUGAGUAUGAAAGAGAGAGAUCUUUUACUCAAAAUCCCAGAUAAACCAAAAUUGGUAAUCCUUGAACCUGGAGAUGUUUUGUUUGUACCAAAUGGCUGGUGGCAUUAUGUGGAAUCUUUAGAUAAUAUUAAUGUGAGCGUUAACCUAUGGGGAAAAUUAAAAACAGAUAAUAGAGCACGAGUCGAGGAAGCUCUUGUUAAAUUAAUGGUAACUAAGAUGAGAAAUUACAAGCAAUUUAAAAAUAAGAUUGAAUAUGUUGUCAAUGAAUGCAUAAAAGAAGAGGAACAAGAAAAAAAUGAGAAGACAGAAUUAUCUUUAGAAGUACCUCUAAAAAAAUUUAAACCUACCAUAUGGACUGCAGAAGAUUUAGCUGAACAAUAUCCUGAUUAUAUUAAAGUGUUACAUGAUGCAGAAGAACAUGAAUUUAAAAAAUUCAUUGAAGAAAGAAUGAAAAGAAAUAAACAAUAUCUGUUAAAUGAAGAAACUGCAUCUGAAGAUCAUGUAUCUAAUCCUCAAUAUGAUCCAUUUUUAGAAUCUCUCAUUAAUGCCUUAUGUCAUCCAGAUGUUAUCAGUAAAGCAGCACAAAUAUUAUUAGAAAAACAUUAUUGA